CCGUGGCUACCGAGCCCGCCCGGCCCCGCCGAGCCAUGGCGGCGGCUGCCUACGAGCUGCUGGUGCUGGGCGGCGGGUCGGGGGGGCUGGCCGGGGCGCGCCGGGCGGCGGAGCUGGGGGCCCGCGUCGCGCUGGUGGAGCCGCGCCGCUUCGGGGGCACCUGCGUCAACGUCGGGUGCGUGCCAAAGAAGGUGAUGUGGAACGCAGCGGUCCACGCGGAAUUUGUCCACGAUCACACCGACUAUGGCUUCGAAACGCCUGGUGUCAAGUUCAACUGGAGAACAAUGAAAGAGAAACGUGAUGCUUACGUGAGGCGCCUGAAUGAGAUCUAUGAGAAUAACGUAAAGAAGGCUCACAUCGACAUCAUUCGGGGCUAUGGCAAGUUCACGGCUGACCCUGAGCCUACCAUCGAGGUGGAUGGGAAGAAGUACACAGCUCCUCACAUCCUUAUAGCCACGGGUGGGCACCCGGCUGUUCCUCCCGACAGCAAGAUUCCUGGCGCCAGCCUGGGAAUCACCAGUGACGGCUUCUUCGACCUGGAGGAACUGCCCAGGCGCAGCGUCAUUGUCGGUGCCGGCUACAUCGCGGUGGAAAUUGCGGGGAUCCUUUCCACGCUAGGCUCCAAGUCAUCCCUGCUGAUCCGCCAGGACAAGGUCCUGAGGACCUUCGACUCCAUGAUCAGCUCAAACUGCACCCAGGAGCUGGAGAACACCGGGGUGGAUGUCUGGAAGCACACGCAGGUCAAGACAGUCACCAAGUCCCCUUGCGGGCUGCUGGAUGUGACAGUGACCUCCUCGGUGCCUGGCCACAAGCCAACGGAGGGAGUGAUCCAGGACGUGGACUGCCUGCUGUGGGCCGUGGGGCGGGAGCCCAACACCAAGGAGCUGUGCCUGGACCAAGUGGGUGUGCAGGUGGACGCCAAGGGCCAUGUGGUGGUGGACGAGUACCAGAACACCACCAGGAGAGGCAUCUACGCCGUCGGGGACGUCUGUGGGAGAGCCCUCCUCACCCCAGUGGCCAUUGCAGCUGGCAGAAAGCUGGCCCACAGGCUCUUUGAGGGCAAGCAGGACUCCCGCUUGGACUACCAUGACAUCCCCACCGUUGUCUUCAGCCACCCACCCAUCGGCACCGUUGGUCUCACCGAAGACGAAGCUGUGGCCACGCACGGGAGGGAGAACGUGAAGAUCUACAGCACGUCCUUCACCCCCUUGUACCACGCCAUCACCCAGAGGAAGGUUAAGUGCGUCAUGAAGCUGGUGUGUGCUGGCAAGGAGGAGAAGGUGGUGGGAUUGCACAUGCAGGGGCUGGGCUGUGACGAAAUGCUGCAGGGCUUUGCCGUGGCCAUCAAAAUGGGGGCCACCAAGGCCGACCUGGACAACACUGUCGCCAUUCACCCUACUUCUGCCGAAGAGCUGGUGACGAUGCGCUGAGGUGGUGGCACAGGCAGCCCCAGGGACAGCGGCUUGCGGUUGGGGAAAAUGUUUUAUAUGCCUUAAAAAAACGCCUUAACAGAAGGUGGUUGCCCAGAGAGCGUGUCUGUAAAAGUGGCGUGGCUUGCUUUGGAGUGGGAAAUAAAUGCAGUGAUGCUGGCAAGUCUGUGCCAUUCGCUUUAUGGUGCCUGUCCCCCGCCGUGGCCAGCCGGUCCCUUGGUGCUGUCUGGGGGCAGGCUGCCCUCAGCUGGGCUCUUCCCUGUCACCAGGGCUGUGCGAGUGGCAGUGGGUGCUUGGGGUACCCGUGGGUGCUGGAGCAUCCUGGGUGGGCUCUGUCCUCUGCCCCAGGCUCAUGAAGGAUGCGCUUGCGUGGCUGUUGGACGUGGGUGCGUCGGAGCACUGUUGGACGUGGGUGCAUCCACGUUGCUGUGGGAUGUGGGAUGACAGGGGAGCUGCUGGCCUGAUCCUGCUGCAUCCCAGGGGCUUCCUGAUCCCCUCCGCAGCCCCGUCGCUAUCUGCCCGCUAUCUGCCCUUCGUGCCUGCGGCUCUGGAGCUCUCAGACCUUGAGGCAGCUGGAAGCGGCUGGGGGCAAAGCCGGCCAGCAGCGGUGGGACACAGUGCUGGGGCUGGUUGAGGAACUGCUUUGCUUUUACUAGAAAUGAAUAGUUUGCAUGAAAUCGAAGUGUCCCCAAGAUGGAAAACUCCCUGCAAGCUGAGGAGGAGGUAAGCGACCGAGGGAAGGGGACACAGGUGCUGAGCCCGGGCGUGCAGCUCCAGGCCUGGCUGGGGGGUCUCCAUCCCAGCUGGCAGCACCGCUGUGGGCAGGAAAAUCCUGCCCAGCCUUCCAGACCCCACCAGCCCGUUACGGGAGGAGUCUGUAUGGCUCCUAGGGUGCAAGGGCACCCAAAAGCCCCAACGUUAUUGGUGUCCUCGAUUAUCUGGGUGAGUCUUUGGAAGAGUAACGCUUGGCAAGGCUGGGGUGCACAGCGUCUCCUCCGGGCUUGCCACAGGCAGUCCUCAGGCACGUGAGUCAAUUCACAGUUGCUCCUUUGGAAUGACGGAGGCGUUACCCUCUCAAUACGCCGUGAUGGCAUGUUGCCAGGAUUUUUUUUUUUUUCCUCCUUUUAAAUGACAAGUCCGGUCGCUCGAUGUUUAAGGCGUAUUUUAGAGCAUGUGUGAGGUCUGCCCUGUGCUUUAUAGCCGGAGAAAUUAUCAGAGCGCCCACAAACAGGGAAAGGGCGGGCGGCAGGGGCACGGGCGGGGCAGAGUGCCUCCUUUUUGCAGGAAUUCGGGAAAAGUGCGGAGGGAUGCUGGGCCCAGUGUCCCGGUGAGAGCGCGUGCCCCCGCCCGGGGGAACCGGGGGGCAGCGGGAUGGGGACCAGGGUGAGCCGGGCUUAGCGGAGGGCGGCCGGGGGCCGAGCCCCGGGCGUCCCCCGCCCCCAGGUGGGUCUGGAUGCCGGACACGGUGACCCCCCCGGGUGGCCCCCUCCGGGCUCUGCACCCAGCGCCCGGGGCCGCCCGCGUGGGGCGGAGCGAUCGGCCGGGUAGGUGUCCCCCCUCCCUCCACCGGGCGGUGUCCCCGGGGCUGGCGGCGGGCGGGCGCUAGGACCCCACGGCCGAUGGGCCACCCCGCUCCUGGCCCCGCCCCCGAGGCCGCCAUCUUAACCCCCGGCCCCGUUGCCUCCCCCCAGCGGGACCGGGCCGGGUUGGGCCACGCCCCCCCCCCUCCGUGAGGUGGCGGCGCUGCAGCCGGGAGCCCCCGGCGCUCGGAGCCGCCACCUGGCCCAGGUGAAGGCAGUGACAUGACCUGUCAGAAGCCAAGUCUGCUGUAACGCACGGAGGCUGUAACGUGCUGGAGGAAGAGGUACUGUCUAGAGCUGAACCUCGAGCACCUGCUGUCGUAGGGAACUACUGCCUGUUCGCUAUUAAUACAGUAUUUUCUACAUUUAAUAAUUAGUAAAUAGAAAUUACUAAGUAUUCAGUCUUCCACCGUUAAAUGACAAUAUUCACACUCAAAUGCUGGCUGGGAGCAGCGCAGGCACCUCCAGCUCCAGCUGCCCCAGGCUGGGCUCAAGUGGCAGCUGGGGGGUGGAUCUGGCCCAGCUGUGGUGCCACCAGGGUCCACAGCACUUUGCAGCCUCCCCCCAGUGCUCUCCCUGGGAAAGAGACGCACGCACUGGGCCCACGUCCAGCAGGGCAGGUACACAGCCCUGUUAGGAUCCAGGGGGUGCAGCCAUGGUGCUGGGGGGCUGGCACAGCCCCUCUGGGCACACAGGGGGGAACUGUCCCUUGGCCCUGGGGGAAGGGGAAAGAGACCCUGGGGGUGACCUAUUGCAGCAUCAUCCCAGAGCUGCUUGGGAAACCUCCAUCACCAGCCCAGAAGGCUCCCAGGCUGUGCUCUGGCCAUGGCCUGGGGCUGCCCCGGGGGCAAAAGCCACAGGGCAUCUCCUGCCCUUCCCACCCCAGUGGAGCCUCCCUGCCCCCAGCUGUUUGGUGCCCAGCUUCCUCCCUCAGUCACACCCCCCCCCCCCAGGCCAUCAGCCAGCCCCCACCGUGAGAACACCAAACACCUCCCUGCUCCCUAUCGCUGCAGCCCUGAGGGGCUCCUGCCCCACCAGGGAACAGCAGCAGGCUGAAGGAGGGGAGGCACGGGGAAAGGACACCGCAGUCACGCUCUGUAUCAGGUUUGUAUUCCAACUUUACUCUCCAGUGUGCAGUGAGAUGGGACAGUUAGCCCCCGCCAUGACAAUUCGUGUCCUUGCUGCCCCCUCCCCACAGUCAGCACUGCCCCAAAAUGAACCUCCCAACCCCCAAAUACCAAGCACCAGGGUUCCAGUUUGCUUUUCUGUAAGGUUUUGCCUCAUUUUAAGAAGCAAACAAAGGCUGCUUGCCUUGGGUAUUAAACAAGGAGAUGUUGCUUCUCUUACAUUACUUCCCCAGUGAGGUGGGGAACUGACCCCGAGCCCCGCAGAGGGUCCCUGUGGCUCUCCCCCAGCUGAUGUGGAGCCACCUCUCCAUGCUGGGGGGUAACAGUGUCCCUGCGAUGCCCCACCACAGGCCUGGGCCUCCUCUUUGUGCUACCGAGGGAGGUGCUGGGCUCCCCAGGGAAGUGGCGGCAGUGGAGCCAUGGAUGGAGAAUUCCGUGCUGCCUGCCUGGCCUGGCUCCAGUGGUGCAGUGAGGCAGCUCAGCUGGGAACAGAGAUGCCACCAGUUUCCCUCAAUAUAUUAACGUUCCUCACGGUGCAGUACUGGCUGUCUGCAGCUGCCUUGGCGCCCCUGGGCAGCUCCACCUUGGUGUUCAGGGGAUGCUGCUCUGGGGCGGCCCGGGCAGCCUUUCGCUUCCUCCGCAGCUUUCGGCACUUCCUGGUGAGCAGGCAAAAUCCCGAAAGCACCAGAAGCAGCAGGGUAACCGCAGCGAAGGCGCUCCCCAGGGAAGCACCCGUUUGAGAUAAGGACGCUGAGACGGCACCUUCUUCCCUCUCCAAGAUCAGUGACUUCAUGUUGGUGCCGUUCUUGAUCUGGUCACCUUCGUUGUCAUAGAUCAAGGAGUCAUCCAGCAUCAGCCUCCCGUUGCUAUCUAUCAGGUCCCUGCGGCUGCGUUUCCAGCGGUGAGUGAGGGAUCGCUGAACGCGAGGCCCUGCCAUGCUCUCCGGGCCAAUUAUGUAGAUGACUUGAAGGUACCACUGGUGUCCAGCUUCCACCUUUAGGAAAGGGAAGACACACAGAAAAUUUUAACUAUGGCUUUUAGAUCAAGUGAUUUUGUAAAAUAAAGGUAGAGAUGGUUGCA